CGGGCACCAAGCAGCCUUCAUUGACCAUGGAAUGUCAUUCAGCACGUCACAAUGCAGCCCCGCUACCCAGCCAGCCGGAAGGCUAAAUAUUGUGUCGAUCACUUCGGCAGCAGAUGAGCCAUCAUCGUGUGAAGGAAUGGGUGAGUGUAUACACGAUGGAUGACAUCUCUCCGCCCAUCCCAUCUGCCUGCCUGCCUGCCUGCCGGCCACACCCCUUUCUCUCUAUCGCCCCACCACCGCCCUACCCGACCCAUCGCAUAUAUCGAGCCGCACAUCUAGAGAGAUACACCGACCGGUGACACACAUAAUGAUUAGUUAGGGUCGGGCAGGCAGGAAGCAGAAGCAAUCGAUCAAAGAGCAACAGCCACCCAUACACACAUCAAAAUCUCUCAGCCUGCCUGCCCACCCUCAUCCACCUGUUUGCCUGUCUCAUGUCAUCCUCAGCCGUCUGAAGGACUCCCUCCCGUCUCUCCCCUUGUCGACCCACCCCACCGCCCCCCACACCACCGCAGGCACAUCCUUCCUGAAGCCGUUGUCAAUCUCCCCCGCCAGCCCCCACUUGGCCGCCUCGUCCAGGAUGGCCCGCUGUACCACCUCACGCAACUCCAUCCGCUGGCCAUCCACACCGCCCACCACGAAGCACUGCAGCUGCGGCACACGCACCACCUGGCCGCCCACACUGACCGUCCCGCCCACCACCUUCCUGUUGCUGCUGGCCUGGUACACUGCCGAACGGACGAAGUGCUCCGCUACCGCACACACACGGCGGGCCAUGUCGGUGUGCCGCACACUGAUGGCCUCCUCUGUGGUGGCCUUCUGGGCGGCAUCCAUGUCGAAGAGGUAUGACGCGAUGCGCCAGCCGAAGAUGGGGGCCUCCUGCGGGCCGACGGCCAGCCGGGGGGUCAGGAGGCCAGCGAGGGAGCGGUGGGGGGCGAGGGCGGCGUUGACGGCCGCCAUGACGGCAGUGGGCAGCGCGUUGAGCACUGUCGCAUACUCGGUCAGCACCAGCUGGCGCUGACGGCGGUACUCCUCUGUGGCUGUGGGGAUGAGAUUGAUAUCGCCUCCCGCCCGCAGCAGCGAACGGAUAAUCAGCUUGAGGUUGGGAAUCUCGGCCUCCUCAGCUUCCAGGCGGCGAUCGAGGUUGAAGGCAGCCAGGGCGAGGGGCGUGUCGUCGAGACCGUCCUGUCUGUUGAUCUGGUCAGCGGGCAGCUUGCGGCAGAGGUAGUCGGCCACCUUCGGGGAGCCCUCCAUUGCCGCGCAGUGCAGUGGCGUCCGCCCAAUGUCAUCCUCUGUCGUCAUGUCGGCGCCUUUCGCUGUGAUGAGGUCGAGGUAGCUGUCGAUGAAGGGCUGGGGAUAGUGGGCCUGCGCGUUGCCGGCUGCACUGUCCACCAGGUUGUAGCCAUAGCGUUCUUCGGUGGCGAGGCUGGGGCGGUCUUGGAUGAGUUGCCGAUACAUCGACAUGAGCACCUGCGGAUACUCGGGGGGAGGCGGACGCACGGGACGGGGCAGCUCCAUCAGCAUGUGUGCGCUUGGUUGGCGCAGGACGAUGUCCUGACGAGCCAUCAGUACGUCCAAGGCCGUCUUGCUGCCCCGUUGGAUCGCCUCUCGGAGGAAACUGUCCGACAUGACCGCGUUGAGGUCGGCGCCUGCUUCGAUGAGUGCGGUCAGGAUGCCCUCCUCCAGCCCAUCUGACGACCACUGCGGCAGGUACACAUCAUGGGCACCAUCAUCGCCCCCUGCUGCGACGGAACUGAUGGAGCAGUCGGUCUUAUCGGCAAUGGCGAGGCCCAACAACGUCUGUCGAUGGCCUGUGUCACUGCUGCCCUUCUUCCGCAGCCGAGGGAUGGUGUUUGGGUCGGCUCCUUGCUGCCGAAUGAGGUUGGUCACUUGGUGUGGGGUGAUGGUGCGGCCGAUGACGCCAAGCGUCAGCUGCUUGGUGGCCUCGUUGGUGCCGAGGGGGAAGCGAGCCUCGAUGUCAGUGGGGCCCGCACAGCCGUCUGGCACAGUCACGCCAGUGGCCGCCACCACAGGAUGACCUGCAGUGCACAGAGCCCCCACACGAGGGAGGCACACAGUGAGUGUGUGUGUAGAGCAUCGUCACGUCUGUCUGUCAGGCGUACCAUGCUCCUCGUAGUCGUCGCCGGAUGAGAAACCCCAAUCGUCUGACUCCUCACUGUCGUCGCCAGCACCAUCCGCCUCCUCGUAGUCGUCGCCGGAUGAGAAACCCCAAUCGUCUGAAUCCUCACUGUCGUCGCCAGCACCAUCCGCCUCCUGCAUAGGAUCCCGACACCACACACAAAGGGGCAAGGAAGAACGUCACGGACAUCAUAUCGACGGGGAGUGUGUUCAUGAGUGCCUCACCGGUUCGCUAUCGGCCCCUGCCUGUGGACUUUCCUCCUCAUCGGCCAUCUCGUCGGCCACCCCGCCCUCCUGCUGCUGCUCGUCUGAACACAGACACACGGCACGCACCGACAGAGCCCACAUCAGUGCGCUGUGCUGCUGGUGGGUUGACUGGUCUAUGUGACAUGAUGUCGACUGGUUGGUCACUCACCGCUGUCGAUGCCGCUGCGAUCGUCUUCCUCUGCUGGUCCGCCAUCACAAGUAAACGCACAACCGCAUAGACUCAGACACAUAGCGGGAUGGUGUGUGUGUGUGUGUGUGUGUGGGUGUCCUAUAGAUUUGUGUGUGGCGUACCUGCGUCGCCGUUGUGACGGUCCGCCGUGGCAGCAGAGGGCAUGCCGAUGCUGUCUGCGCCAUUGCGAUCUGAGUCCUCCGCCUGUCCACUGCCGCUAUGCUCCUCCUCAGCUACAUCGUCUGCACACCAUCGAAGACACACACACACACAUACACAAUUGCGAGGAUGGUGUGUGUUUGAUGUAUCCCAUUCAUCUGUGUGUGGCAUACCUGCGUCGUCACCGUCACCGUCCGCCAUGGCAGCGGAGGCCAUCGGUGCGGCGUCGUGGCCUCCAGACAUCUCACUCAAACAGACACCGACAGCUGCACCGGCACACACAGAGAGGCAACAAGAGAUGGGCAGACACCUACUGCAUGCAUAUGUGUCAUGUGUGUGCUCGCCCACCUAGCUAUGAGUCAAAUGGCAUAAAGGCGCUCAAUCAGUCCGCCCGGUCACCAAGGCCGGCCUGCACAGCACGACACCGACACACCGAGGACGCAGAGCCACAUCAUGACUCGUGGCGAGCCAAUCGCGUCGCACUCACUGUCGGUGAGAGUUGCUAAGCCGCGCUCCCAAGGGGAAGUUCGAG